AUGCGUCUGCUACAUUAUAACAGUGACGGCCAUCUCAGCUGGCCCGAAUUCUUUGAGAGCGAGAUACCCGAGUAUGCUAUACUUUCGCAUAGGUGGGGAACGGAGGAGGUUACCUUUGAGGAUCUGCUCGACGGUACGAGCAAGAGUAAGGCUGGCUAUAGUAAGAUAAAGUUCUGUGGAGAACAAGCGAGGCGCAAUGGUUUGCAGUACUUUUGGGUAGAUACCUGUUGUAUCAAUAGAUCGAACAGUACCGAGCUCGCAGAAGCUAUCAACUCAAUGUUUCGCUGGUAUAAGAAUGCAACCAGGUGCUAUGUUUAUCUAUCAGAUGUUCCGCGACCUUGCUCUUAUUCGACCGAAGAUUCCAUUAGAGUAUGGGAACCGACAUUUCGGAAGAGCGAAUGGUUCACACGAGGUUGGACCCUGCAAGAGCUGAUUGCGCCGGGAUCAGUCGAAUUCUUCUCAAAUGAAGGGGAGAUACUCGGCGACAAGAUCUCCCUAGAACGAUGCAUCUGCGAGAUAACAGGGGUCCCAAUUAAUGUCCUUCGAGGGAGCGAGUUGUCCGAUUUCAGCUUUGCUGAGAGAAUGUCGUGGGCGGAAAGUCGUGUGACCUUUCGCGAAGAAGAUAAAGCAUACUCAUUGUUCGGGAUUCUCAAGGUAUAUCUACCGCCUAUCUAUGGAGAAGGAAAACAUAAUGCCUUACGGCGGCUUCAAGAAGAGUUCGACAAAACAGUUAGGGAAAAACUAUUUGUUCCCGAUCCAAGAUUUGCCGGUCGACGGAACGUCGGGCAAGAGAACGUACCCUGGCUUGGGAUAGGGCGCCGCUUAACUGGCUUUGGGAACUCCGGCACUUUCAGAGGGAGCUCAGGACUCAAGUGCUUUAGAUGCGAUAACUGUCAUCGACUCGACGACUGCUUUGCAAGCUUGGACACAGUCUUCAAAGCUCGUGACCGGAGGAUGAAAUCUAAUCGCUGUUUUAAUUGCGGAUCAGAAUGGCAUUGGGCAAAGGAAUGUGAUUGGGAAGAUCUGCAAUAUCAAAAGUAA